ACCACCCUGUCCAGCGAACGUGUGAAGUUUGAGGACUGCCAGCGCAGCAGAGAGGUGGGCUUCUUCAGCAGCGACCCCAACUUCAGCGUGAGGCCCGACGGGUCGGUGUAUGCAGACCAGGAGGUGGCCAACCUGUCAGAGCCCGUCCAGUUCAUGGUAACGGCUCGGGGACUCCACGACCCCCACAUCUGGGAGACCACUGUUAAACUGGCCCUCGCUGGACAUCCUCAUCCUUUACCGCUCACGAAGAUUGGUAUUGAAGAAAUGCUGUCAAGAGUCUGGGAGUCCCAACCCCGAGUUAUCAAGUUUCCCCGAAAACAUCAGAGGGGUUCCUCUUCCAAUGGGCUGAGGCGACAGAAGAGAGACUGGGUCAUUCCACCUAUCAAUGUGCCUGAAAACUCCAGAGGACCCUUCCCUCACAUGCUUGUCAGGAUCCGCUCAGAUCAGGAUAAGGAUGUUGGCAUCCGCUACAGCAUCACCGGAGCGGGCGCCGAUCAGCCCCCGAGUGGUAUCUACAACAUAGAUCCCAUCAGCGGCAACAUGUUUGUCACCCAACCCCUGGACAGAGAGGAGAGAGCCUCCUUCCAUCUACGGGCCCACGCAGUGGACAUGAACGGGAACCAGGUGGAGAAUCCGAUUGAUCUGUACAUCUAUGUGAUCGACAUGAACGACAACAGACCCGAGUUUCAGAACCAAGUGUACAACGGCUCUGUGGCCGAAGGUUCCAAACCAGGCUCAUCUGUGAUGCAGGUGACGGCCACGGACUCGGACGACUCCACCACAGCGAACGGCAUGGUGCGCUAUCGCAUCCUCUCACAGACGCCCCACAGCCCCAUCCCCAACAUGUUCACCAUCAACAGCGAGACUGGAGACAUAGUGACAGUGGCAGCCGGCCUGGAUAGAGAGAAAGUCUCUCAGUACACCAUCAUUGUCCAGGCCACUGACAUGGAGGGAAACCUGAACUUCGGACUCUCCAACACGGCUACAGCCCUCAUCUCUAUUACCGACAUCAACGACAAUCCCCCAGAGCUGACAGUCAGGACGUUUUCUGGGGAAGUGCCAGAGAACAAGGUGAACGUGGUGGUGACCAACCUGACGGUGGUGGACAGAGAUCAGCCCCACAGCCCCAACUGGAACGCCGUCUACCGCAUCGUCAGCGGAGACCCCUCCGGACAUUUCACCAUCCGAACUAACCCCAUCACAAAUGAGGGCAUGCUGACGGUGGUCAAGCCGGUGGAUUUUGAGAUGAAUCGAGCCUUCAUGCUGACCGUGGUGGUGUCCAACCAGGCCCACCUGGCCAGCGGCAUCCAGUCUUCGCUGCAGUCCACAGCAGGAGUCACCAUCUCCGUUCAGGAUGUGAACGAGCCGCCCGUCUUCCCCGUAAAUCCUAAGAUGAUUCGCUUUGAAGAAGGUGUGCCGGCAGGGACGACUCUUACCGUGUUUGCUGCACAAGACCCUGAUCACUUCAUCCACCAGAGUGUCAGGUACUCGAAGUUAUCAGAUCCAGCUAACUGGCUAAAGAUCAACAGGACCAAUGGUCAGAUCACCACCAUGGCCCUGCUUGACCGAGAGUCCAUGUACGUCAAAAACAACGUGUACGAGGCCACGUUCCUGGCAUUCGACUCUGGCUCCCCUCAAGCCAGUGGAACGGGAACCCUCCAGAUAUACCUGAUCGACGUGAACGACAACGCGCCGGUGCUUAUUCCCCGGGAGGCUCAAGUGUGCGAGCGUGCACGCCCCAACUCCAAGAUCAACAUCACAGCUUCGGAUGCCGACGCCGACCCCAACGUGGGACCGUUUGUCUUCGAGCUGCCGUCUUUUCCUGCCAGCGUUCGUCGCAACUGGACCGUUUCCAGACUGAGCGGCGAUUAUGCUCAGAUGAGGCUAAGGAUUCCUUACCUGGAGGCAGGAGUGUACGAGAUUCCCAUCAUUGUGUCCGACUCGGGAAACCCUCCACUCUCCAACCGCUCUGUGAUCAGGGUCAAAGUAUGUCCCUGUGAUGACAAUGGAGACUGUAGCGCCACAGGAGCUGUGGCAGCCGCCGGCCUCGGCACCGGGGCCAUCAUCGCUAUACUCAUCUGCAUCAUCAUCCUACUCAGCAUGGUUCUGCUGUUUGUGGUGUGGAUGAAGCGCAGAGAGAAGGAGCGGCAGGCGAAGCCCCUGCUGAUCGACCCUGAGGACGACGUCAGAGACAACAUCCUCAAGUAUGAUGAGGAGGGCGGAGGAGAGGAGGACCAGGACUAUGACUUGAGCCAGUUGCAGCAGCCCGAGUCUCUGGAGCACAUCAUCAAUAAGCCAUCGGGGGUGCGCAGGGUGGAUGAGAGGCCUGUGAUUGCAGAGUCGCAGUACCCCGUCAGACCCAGUCUGCCCCACCCUGGAGACAUAGGAGACUUCAUAAAUGAUGGUCUGAGGGCAGCAGACAACGACCCCACCGCUCCUCCCUACGACUCCCUGCUGGUGUUUGACUACGAAGGCAGCGGUUCUACCGCCGGCUCUGUCAGCUCGCUCAACUCCACCAGCUCAGGAGACCAGGACUAUGACUACCUCAACGACUGGGGCCCUCGCUUCAAGAAGCUGGCCGACCUCUACGGAGGAGGGGACGAUGACUGAGAGCGGGGCGGGGGGCUGGGCGGGGCUGCGGCAGGGGUCAGGAGAGGCGGGACUGGUUGGAUGGACGUUCCCAUAGACCACAGGCAGGGGCCCACAACAUGAUGCCGGCUCCAUGGUAGACAUGUGAGGAAUGGACCCUUUACAUGGGCUGCAUUAGUUUGCUCACAGCAACCAAGCCCGCAAACAUGAAUUCCGCUGCAACGCAACUGUAUUCUGGCUUUAUACUUUUUAGUGGCGAGUUUGUAGUGUGAUUUGGUUCCUCUUUGUUUUUGUCGUUCUCUCACCGCGCUGGACCCAGACGUCUCUGGGGACGAAUCAAGGCGGUCGUGAGAGGCACGAGUAGUGAAUUUGUGCUUUGAUUGAUUGUUUAAACAAAACCAUCUCUUGCUUUAGUCUCACACUGAAGAGAAUGUUUUCGGGAAGUUGCUCUCUGACUCUCUCUUUAACUCUGUCAACUUGAAUUUCCUUAGAACAGAAGCACUGUCAUUUUAUAAAGUGCCUUUUGUGGUGUGUUUUUGUAUCAGACUCCUGCUAUCUCAGGAUCGGUUGCCAUUCGUGCAGUACAGUGGAGGCGCGUUCUCUCGUCGCUCCUCCGCGCUCCUCAAACCAGCCCUGCCUGUCACUCUCCUCCCCCUUUCACAGUGGUGCACAUGAACAACCCCAGCAGCCAGUCCCAGGAGGGAAGGACAGAACCAGGGCAGACUAUCGGACAUCACAACCCAAUGAAUUAUGGCCUGAAAGAAGCCAAUAAGAGUUGUUGUGGAGAAGACAACCCUCCUCUCCAAGGACCUGCUCAGUUUGACUUUCACAAGCAUCACCUGUCAACACAGCAACAGCAACACGCUGACAUUGUGUGAGACCAUUUUUAUACAAAGUGAGGGUUUUAUAAUUUAGUGGAGAAUGCCUGCCUUUCCUCUUUGGACUCAUGAGUUUAGGAGCCUUUAUGUUGAGACGCUUGCCUGCCCUAUAUGGUUUUAUGUCGCUUUCUCCACAGUGUAAAGCUUAUGUAGGCAUGAUCUGAUUAUUCAGACAGUGUAAGAAAGUGGAACUUGAAAUGACUUGGAACAACACUAUCUAAGAAAGAUUUUUUUGUUUGUUUUGUUUUUUUUUUUGUCGCCUUGAACAUUCCCGUUUUUUAUAGGCCAACGAAACUAUUGAAAGGUGCAUGAUUUUUUUUCCUCCAAAUGUUUUACUCAAAGCACUUGUUACUAUGUGGUGAGAAUGUGAAAAUAGUCAGCAGAAACUAUAUGAAUAUACUCUGUAUAAAGACACCGAGAAAAUAAAAAUACUGUAAGAUACAUAUUUUUGAAGUAUUGAUGACAUAAAAGUUGCUGCUCUCUCUCUCUGGCUCUACAUUGGGGCUUUGGGGGGAUUUUUGGCCCAUUCAUUUUUAAUAUGUGGAUAUUUAUGUUUGUCCUCUGUUGGAGCUUUUUAAUUCCAUUUGUUUCAGAUGCCUGCCUAUACAUUUGUUGUUUCGGUUUUGCUCUUUUUAUUUCCAAAAAAUGCUUUGUUAUACUCCUUUUAUAUAUGAAAACACGCCCUCCCCCUUUCAGUCUUUAUUGUCUCUGGCAGACGUGUUCCUCUUGUUGGUUUCUGGCCUUGGGACAGUGGAAGGUUCAUUAGCCAUGCCUGCUGAUAGUUGUUCUAUUAUUCAGUGUACUGGAAUUCUUUUAUUAAUUCAUCUAGAUACUGGAUGUGUGCUUUAGAAAAUAAACGACACAUGUUUUGAAAAAGUGCCAUCAUUUUUGAAUAUGUUCAGGUGUAUGCUGAGUGACAUAGCAUGACCUGGUUUGUUCAACAGUUGUCACUUCAAAUAUACUGUUACUGGAAGCUUUAAAUAACAAUGGGCCUCUGUGAUCUUGUUUUUUAAAAUCAUGCCAAGACUAAGGCUGCUGUGUGUUGGCUUUCUGGCACUGGCACUUCUAGUGGUAGUAUCAAAAAACAACACCGUGGCAGACAGAAAUGAAUGCCGCUACCCCACACGUGCUCAUUGACCACUGAUGUUAAAUGGGCUGAAAGCAGCACAGAGUGCAUCCAUUUUCACCAGGACUGUCUUAUUAUUUUUUAUUUUCAAAUAUGCUGUAAUCACAAAAAAAAAAAAAAUCCACGCAUAGUGGUUUUCAAUUCCCUGCUUUUCCACCGUUAUUUGUUCUCGACACAAUUUGCACAUACAGUUUGCAAAUACAAAUGUUUUGUGUAUGCACACUUAAUAGUUGCAUCUUCUUUGUUUUUGUGUUUUGUUUUGUUUUUUUUACUGUGGAAUAACGUAUUUGUAAGUCUUAGAAAGAGUCAUGAAGCAGAGCCAACUCCCCGCAGGAUUAUGCAGUUAAUCUUUGACCCUAUUGUUUGGAUAUAGCUUCAUUUUCUAAUGAAACCCUCACUGUUGGUCCUUUUAUUGCAUCACAGACGAAGGAUUGUUAGAGCAGUGUGCAGGGUCAGGAAGUAUAUUUGUGUCCAUUCCUGUGAUUUCAAUUAGUCAGCUGAAGCGCCAAAAAACCCACUGGGGACUUAAAGGGAUUUAAUCCUCUCCGGCUGUGUGUCUAUCAAUUAGCCACACCAUUAAUCCCCACGGCGUAAUCUCAUUAGAUAGAGCGCCUUUAAUGAGACACCCAGAGAGAAAGCAGAGAGGCAGGCUGCAAGAGAGAGGGAGAAAAAUGAGGUGGUGCCAAGAUGCAGGUAGGCCAUGUGGAGAGGUGAUUAGUAGGAUGGAGGAGAGGGUCAGCAGAGGGAGGGGUCCAAGGAAGGGAGGAUCAAGCACAGCGGGAACAAUGCAUAACAUUUAGAAAAUGGUUUCAGGAGGGGGAAAAAAAAAAAAGCUUAAAUAUGAGGGAGUGGAACAGAGUGAUACUUCAGUGUCCGCUGUGGGCACAAAUUAGAGGGCUGGGCAGUGCAGAGGUAGAGAAGACAGGUAGAGGUGAGCAGCGCUGAUGGAACGCACUGGACACGUUAAUGAGAGGUGCUUUGAUUCCCCGAGUAACCCAGUAAUGAGAACAUCCAGUGAUAAACCUAAGUUAACCUUUACUGUGGUACAAUAAUGAAUUCUUCUGUGGACCCAGCAGAACUGUGGACCUGUGUUAAUGACAGAGCCAUCAUGAUGGAUUAUUAUUUCAGAGCCAUUUCUCUAAAAUAAUAAUCAAAUUGGUAAAAGUCAUCUUGGUCACAGCCAGUCGGCAGAUAAGGAGAUUAACUUAAGGGAAGGGCUCUUUGAUGGGCUUAGCUGAAGUUCACUCGGUUUCCCUGUGGCAGAUAGGCAGAGUGAAAGAAGAAAGCAAACUCAAGUUGCCCCCUUGAUAAAUGGCAAAUAUAGACUGAGAGCUUUGCUGCUGGCUUGCAGCCAGUGCCUUGUGUGUUGUAAAUAAAGUUCUCUUCUUCAAACAUG